AUGACCAGCCAAGGCAGGAACACUUCGAACCUGGAGUCACGUCUUAGGCCGCACGAUGAUGGAUACCUGUCAAAUGAGCCACUCUCCGGAGCUUCAGGACCCUCGACGUGCCGCUUGGAUGCUGGUCCUGCCAACAUCAGCAUUGAAACUGACUAUUAUUGCGGAUAUCGCAGUAUGCUAAGGUAUGAAUGCCUACCCGAGUCUCCGAGGUGGCAUCAGAGUGUCAAGGAUAAAUGGCGUGGAGGACGACAGUACCACAGCCUGAAUGUGUAUGUGACCAUUGAGCACUCAAGUUGGUGUGAGAUGGCGCUAUCUAUCUCAGAUAUCCGAAUCUUUAUGGAGCAUCAGUCUGUCCUGUCAUUCUUGUCAGCUGAGGUUCUCGUCCUGACAAAGAACUUUGAAGAACUCACGGUCCUCGACGAAUCCCCCGUUUUCCCCGUGUGGCCCAGUCCGCCCCGUGUGGAGCAGCUCGGAGUUGGCCGAGGCAGGGCGCAAUUGAAGAUUCGGAUCAAGCAUGUGCUUCAUCAACACGGAUAG